CGUAACUACGUGAGAGGAUCCAUAACCAUCUAUAUCAUCAACCUGCAUCGGUCGAGGAAGAAAAUCAAGCUGGCGGGUACCUUACGUAACAUGACUGUCCAUCAGUACCUGGUACAGCCCUAUGGGACAGACGGACUACACGCCAGGUCAGUAGCAGCCCACAGGGCAAAGACGUCAAUUUAACAUCUAUUCCAUGUUGGUUCAACGUAUUUUCAUUGAAAUGACGUGGAAACAACGUUGAUUCAACCAGUGUGUGCCCAGUGGGAGGGGUCUGACAUUCACACACACACACUCUCUCCUUUCUCCUUCUCUCUCUCCCUUUCUCUCUUUCUCUCGCUCCCUCCAUUUCUAUAUAUUUCUUCCUUUCUCUAUAUAUAUCUUGCUGAUCACAGACAGAGGGCUACACACAGAGAGAACAGAGCUUCAUGGAACACUUGUUUUCUGAUCAAACAUCCACACUGCUUUAUUAAUAGAGUAUAUUUUUUCAUAUACUGACCUAACAAGACACACGCGCGCGCAUGCGCGCACACGCACACACACACACACACACACACACACACACACACACACACACACACACACACACACAUUGACCUGACAUGUCCAAGAUACAGGAGAGAGACAGAGAUACCUAGGUUCCCAUAACAAAGCUGUCCCUCUAGCUAACCUCAGUAAUCUCUAUGGGAAACAGGGUGGAUGGUUCUCCUUUAAUAGGGAGGAUUUGAAGAUAGGAUUUGGGAUCUCUAUCAGUGAACCAUGUGGCUCUACUGAAGCAUUUUUGGUUCCACUUUAAACAAAUCACAACUUUAAAGGCUCAAGCCUCCAUAAACCCUUUAUAAGGCCUAGACUUUAUUUUCCUUAUCCAUCCAUAUUAUUAUUAACAUUGUUAUUAUCAUUAAAUAUCUUAUUUAAAAGAGUAUUGUUAAACUACGUAGAAUUGCAGGAAAUGAGCUUCAAACAACACCAUUUUCCUAGGUCCCUCAAAUUACACCAAAUCAAGCUGGUGGUGUAUUUAAUAUAGGCUAUCUUAAUAAAUAAAUACAUUAGGGGGGGGCAUUACAUUUUUUAUAUGUGAAAAGGCCCUGGGGAAACAAGGUUGGGAACCCCUGCUAGGUCAAGAAGAUCAACAAGGACCUCAACCCCCCGAGCCACGGCCUGUUCACCCCGCUACCAUCUAGACGGUGGAGACAGUAUAGGUGCAUCAAAGCUGGGAUCAAGAGACUGAAAAACAGCUUCUAUCUCCAGGCCAUCAGACUGUUAAAUAGUGUGUGUGUGUGUGUGUGUGUGUGUGUGUGUGUGUGUGUGUGUGUGUGUGUGUGUGUGUGUGUGUGUGUGUGUGUGUGUGUGUGUGUGUGUGUGUGUGUGUGUGUGUGUGUGUGUGUGUGUGUGUGUGUGUGUGGUGUGUGUGUGUGUGUGUGUGUGUGUGUGUGUGCGUGUGUGUGCGUGUGUGGGUGGGUGUGCUGUAAUAACAGAUUUUUUAUGAUGAGGAUGUGUGAGUGGUGUUACAGGGGAUUAUAGUGGUGCCUAAUAGAACCGUAAGCAGUGUAGGGGAACGCCGGCUCUGUUCUAGACUCUUACUGCUGUUCGAACUGCUUUAACUGACCCCAGACAGGGCAGUGGAGACUUUUAUUCAUGUUUAAGCAACUCCAGAUGUCUAUAAAUAUGACUACAACUCAACAGCCAGCCCUAUAUACUGUAUACAGUAUAUGCCACUCUGACCAUACGAAAUAGAUAUAGGUAUUAAUGUGCUUUUCAAUCUCUAGAUUUUCCAAUACAAAGUGAAAUGAACAAGUGAAAUGUUACAAAAGUUCAAGAAUUAUUUGAAAUUGAGGCUAACCAGGUGGGAAAGAAUGUAAUCCAUCGAAUGCCCCAAAAUGACCUUUCAUUUUCCUUUACAUAUUGGUAUCCUUAAAUCUCAUAAAUCAGCCAAUGUGGCACUCUCUGGUCCCCAUGUAAAUAUCUAGUUAUCCUUUCCUAUUUGGAGCCUAUGAUCUCAAUUAGGUCCUCUCAGGCCUAUAUCACAGUGUAAUUCCACGCUCCUUUCUUAUUUUGUAUUGCUUUAAUUUAGACAGUAUGAAACAAAUGUGGUGACAGGGCAGGAGGAGAGAGAGUAGGAAAGUGGCCACAAGGAUUGAACCCAUGACCAACGGGGCUCAGAUGUGUGCUUGGUGCCAGUAGUGAUACCACACACACAGUCAACACUGCAGUUCUAUUAUAUACUAUUAUUAUAUACUGUGUGACCAUGACACUAUCCACUUUAUAUUUGUGGAUCAUACUCAUACAGUCAUACUUGACAUAGCACAUUCAUAAUCUAUACAGUAUAUCCUAUUGUGUACAUAUCAGUUUAUUACUUUGCAUACUACCUUCUUCUAAUUACUUGAUAUUUUUACUAUACUUUUUUAUUGUUGAUAUUGAUUAUUGUACUGCAAUGUUGAGGGAGAUGGCACGCAAGCAUUUCACUGCACCUUUCAUACAUGCUGUAAAAAAAAAAUGUGUCCUCACGUUUUCCAUGGAAUAUGGAAGGAUUGUUGUCAAACAACAUUGCAGUGAAUUCAAGGGGCAGCCCGAACUAGGCUGUAAUCCGGGUCUCUACGAUUGUUACUGUAGGGGAGAGGUGUUAGUUAAGAUCAACAUUGGGGUUCUGAAGCCUGCUGUGUGGCACACACUAUCACACCGUGCCGACGAAGAGAGAGAGAGAGAGAGAAGAGAGAGAGAGAGAGAGAGAGAUGAGAGAGAUAGAGAGAGAGAGAGAGAGCCGAUAGAGAUAUCGUAGAGAGCUAUCUCUGCGAUAUCAGAGAGAGCGUAGAGAGAGGAGAGAGAGCCUCGCGCCUCGCUAGAAGAGCGAGAGAAGACAGAAGAGACAGAGAGACAGAGAGAGACAGCAAGACAGAGAGAGAAAUAGAGAAAGAGCGAGAGAGAGAGAGAGAGAGCGAGACAGAGAGCGAGAGAGCGAGACAGAGAGCGAGAGAGAGUGUUCAGCCUUUAGAUCCCUGUUGUUUCUAAAGAAAGGAAGGUGGAGUUGAAGGUGGAGUUGAAGGUGGAGGUGGAGGUGUGAAUUGAGUGUUCAGACUGUUGGAAGAGUUCUGUACGGCGACAGGGUGCGUGUGAGGGUUUAUUUACUACCUUUAUUACACCAACAGUUCUGUUGUUCAGAACAACAACAUAGUUGUUUUGAUGACUCCAAUGGAAUCGUCUCCCAAUUAGGUGUUGCCAGAGCCACAUAUUUAGAUAAAUAUAUGGUUCUGAGUAUUGUUUUUCCCCCUGAGAAAAUGUUACAAAAUUGUCUUCAUAAUUUUUCAUUAUUUAUAAUCGUGUAAUUCAUUUGCUAUUUCGCUGUGUUUAUCGUCGUUUUGGCAUGGAAGUUAAAACCUCAUUGCAUUGGAUUCAUUAGGCUUUCACGUUCAGUUAGCUAGUGGACCGCUGACUUAGUACAGGCCUCCACUCGCAGAUGACGGGACAGGAAAACGACUAUGGGAAUCUGGCACUCAUAAGAAUACAACAUUGGCUAUUUGUUUAUGAGCAUCCAGUCUAAUCCCCACUCCCAAAGUGGUUGAAAUUCUUCUCAGUGCUCUCUUUCCAUGCCAGUUAUUUGUAUUGGACUAGAAAUUCACCCAUGGGAGUGCAGAUCAAUUCAUGAAUUGCCUGGAAUUGAGAAAGAAUAAACCCCAACCUAGCCACUCUUCCAUCUAGAUUAGAAGGAUCACAUCUGUCACGAAACCUGCUCUAGUGUCAAGAGGCUGCAAUGAUGUAACUGUAGCGCCCCCUAGUCUUCAGAGGACUGUAAGUACAGCCUCAGAAUGACUCCUGCCCUACCAUUUACAUUUUUGUCAUUUAGCAGACGCUCUUAUCCAGAGCGACUUACAGUUAGUGAGUGCAUACAUUUUCAUACCGGGCCCCCGUGGGAAACGAACCCACAACCCUGGCGUUGCAUGCGCCAUGCUCUACCAACUGAGCUACCAGUCCAGCUUCGCUCUCCUCUCUCCCCACCUCUCUCCUAUCUCUCAUUCCACUCUCUUCGUCUCUCUAACUCCACUCUCCUUUCUUCCUCCAGGUCAGUCCAGUUGAACGGAGAAAGGUUGUUGAUGGUAGACAACGAGACGUUUCCAGAGUUGAAGCCUCGGACUCUGCGGGCAGGGAGGACAAUAGCCAUGCCCCCUAUGACCAUCGGCUUCUACGUCAUCAAGAACAUCAACGCUUACGCCUGCCGCAGAUAA